AUGGUGUGGUUUGAUAAAUGGAAUGAAAUUUGUCCUCUUAGGUCCAUUGUUACUCCCAGGCUAAUUGCUAAUGCAGGAUUCAAUAUGAAUACUAAGCUAGCGGACAUCUUUGUUCAAGGAGAAUGGCGCUGGCCGGCUAAUUGGUUCGCUAGAUUUCCUGUUUUACUUAAUGUUCAGGAUUUCGAGAUUUAUAGUACUUGUAAAGACCAGCUUCAGUGGAGAAUGAGACAAGGGAGCCUUACGGACUUUUCCACGUCUGUGGCUUGGGAUAAUCUUCGGCGUCAACAAAAUGAAGUUCUAUGGCCUAAGGUUGUUUGGUUUCCCCAAGCUAUUCCGAAACAUGCUUUCCUUAUGUGGCUGGUUGUUCAAAAGAAGCUGAAAACUCAGGAUAUUAUGAGCAGCUGGAAUUCAUCGGGUAACGCGAACUUGAAUCUGUUAUGUUGCUCUCUGUGUGUUUCGGGUCCGGAUUCGCAUAACCACUUAUUCUUCGAAUGUGAUUACUCGGCUCAAGUGUGGAGUGAUAUCAAAGUUUUAGCUGGUAUGGAGUCUAUCCAGAAUGAGUGGACCGACAUUUUUUAA